CUGGUACCAGUCGACUUUGGGCUUGAUGCGGAGAUGUUAGUCCUCGGUGACCAGCUUCCAGCAGUCGGUCCUGGGAGCUACUUCCACACACAACUUUUAAGUACCAUCUUAUAGCGCACAACUUUUAAGUACCAUCUUAUAGCGGGCAGACUGGAACUAACUGGCCUUUUCUGACUCCUCCGGUCUGAUUUAGUGUGAGAAACCAGGCCAGGCUGAAGCUCUCGCGCUGGAUCCCCUCACCACGUCUGGUACAGAUUUUCUUAAAUAUCCGAAGCCAGGUGUUAAUAUUCCGGUUUUUGGAGGAAUUUAAAGGAAAAAGCAAGCCUCAUUUGGUUGGACUACAUUUGUUCUCUCUGAGAAGACGUCGAGAGGGUGAUAAGUAAAGGUAUGAAGCCACUAACUAACAGAUGUGGUGCCCUGGUUGCGGUUCCAUCCUGCUCGGUUAUCGAGCUGUGAGCGGGGGGAGACUCCUGGGGGAGAAGUGGUGUGGAGCACAAAGAGCCUUUUAAUGCCAACCAUUCAAGUUCCAGCCAUGAACUCCGUUUGCUGACAGAAGGACCGAGGUCGGAGUUCAGCUGCUGGCUAGCUUCAGCUGUACGCAGAGAAGACUUUAAAAGCAGCUGGAAGUUGGACAACUUUCCUCCUGCUGCCUCUUACCUAAAAUAAACAACCACAAUCAAGAGAGCUGCUUUAUUUUCUGAUAAAUAUUUGGUGCCACUGGUGUUUUUUUUCUGCUGCAGCCAGCCCGAGGCUUCUUCUGAACUUAAAUGCGGACUGGUGUCAAACCAGUAAGCGCAGAGCCGAGCUGAGGCUGUCAGUGGGGUUUUAAUCCAAGUCCAUUCAUUUUUCACCACCAUGGAGCUGAUCUACUGGAGCAUGCUGCUGCUGGGAGGCAUCUUCUCCAGCUGGACUCGUCUGGUUGCUGCAGAAGAAGAGGUCCUGAUGAACACCAAGACGGAAACGUCUGAUCUCAAGUGGACCAUCUUCUCGCAGGACAAAUCAGAGUCUCAGUGGGAGGAAGUCAGCGGUUUAGAUGAAGAGAACAACAGCGUGAGGACCUAUCAGAUCUGCCAAACAGAGAGUCUAUCCAGCCAAUGGCUGCGCAGCGGCUUCAUCCAGAGACGAGGCGCGUCUCAGGUUUACGUGGAGAUGCGAUUCACCAUGAUGGAGUGUUCCUCCAGGACUUCCCACCACCGCAGCUGUAAAGAGACGUUCAACCUGUACUACUACCAGGCUGACUCAAACGAGGCCACGGCCAGCUACCCACCCUGGAUGGAGAACCCCUACACCAAGGUGGACACAGUGGCUGCAGACUUUCUCCUGAGGAAGGGUGGGGAGAGGAAGUCUAAUGUGAAGACCUUAAGACUGGGCCCUCUGACCAAGAGAGGUUUCUACUUGGCUUUUCAGUCCCAGGGCGCCUGCAUGGCCCUGUUGUCUGUUCGAGUUUUUUUCAAGAAGUGUCCUCCCCUCAUCAGCGCGCUCUCCUCUUUCCCUGAGACUGUUCCCCGUUAUCUGGUGCAGGAGGCGCAGGGUUCGUGUGUGGAGCACGCCGCUCAGCAGGGACCCCGACCUCGGCCGCCUAAGCUCUUCUGUGGGGAAGACGGCCAGUGGGUGGGGCAGCCCACAACUUCCUGUGCCUGCCUGCCUGGAUUUGAGCCAGUUGAAGGACAAACCCGUUGCACAGCCUGUCCUGUGGGUCAGUUCAAGUCUGGUACAGAAGGACAGUGCAGAAGCUGUCCAGGAUCCAGCCAAGCCACCAUCAGGGGGGCGUCCACGUGUGCAUGCCGCUCCGGGUUCCUUCGGGCAGAAACGGACCCUGCAGACAUGCCAUGCACCCAGCCUCCUUCCGCUCCACGCAGAAUCAAGCACUAUCGCAACGGCACCACCCACACCCUGAAGUGGAACGAGCCUUUGGACAAUGGCGGCAGAACGGACCUCAGCUACUCCGUCAGGUGUUCGGUAUGCAGGUCAGCCAAGGGGUCGUGUCUCCCGUGUGGCGAUAGCGUCAGCUACCAGCCCGCCCAGGAUGGCCUCCUGGACCAAUGGGUGGAGGUGCGAGGCCUGCUGCCUCACACCACCUACAUCUUCACCAUCCAGGCCCUCAACGGGGUUUCCUCCCGCAGCGCCAAGGACCCUGCCAGCGACAGCAUCAACUUCACCACCAACCAUGAAGAGCCGUCGCUGAGGUCUGUGACUUGGAAGAGCGAGUCCACAGAGAGCAGCCUGACUCUGCACUGGUCUGUCCCAGCCCAGCCACAUUACAACAUUCUGCAGUAUGAGCUCCGCUACUGUGAGAAGGAGAGGCGUAGUGAGAGUCAGUGUUUCUACACAGAGAGUAACAGAAGCCAGGCCGUGCUGACAGACCUCCGCAGGGCCACUCAGUACGAGGUGCAGGUCCGGGCGCGCACCCUGGCUGGUUACAGCAGCUUCAGUCCUGCAGCUGUCUUCCGCACCCUGCCUGAUGGACAUGACUCUGCCUCUCAGUUCUUGGUACCUGGCAUCCUUAUCGCUGUUGGGAUGCUGCUGCUUGUCAUUUUCGUCUUUGUGGCCGCCUACUGCAUACGCCGCCACAGUCGAGUCAAAGAUCCGGAUCUGAGCGACAAAAGCAGCCAGUACUUCUCUGGCCAAGGGGUCAAGGUCUACAUCGACCCUUUCACCUACGAGGACCCUAAUGAGGCGGUGCGAGAGUUUGCCAAGGAAAUUGAUGUCUCCUUUGUCAAGAUAGAGGAGGUUAUCGGUGCCGGCGAGUUCGGGGAGGUGUGUCGAGGACGGCUGAAAAUCCCAGGGAAGAAAGAAAACUACGUAGCCAUUAAGACGCUGAAAGGAGGCUACACGGACAAGCAGAGAAGGGACUUCCUGUCCGAGGCCUCCAUCAUGGGACAGUUCCAGCACCCCAACAUCAUCCACCUGGAGGGAAUCAUCACUGCCAGCUGUCCAGUCAUGAUCCUGACGGAGUUCAUGGAGAAUGGAGCGCUGGACUCUUUCCUUCGGCUGAAUGACAGUCAGUUCACUCCCAUCCAGCUGGUGGGGAUGUUGCGUGGCAUCGCCUCUGGGAUGAAGUACCUGGCGGAGAUGAGCUACGUCCACAGAGACCUGGCUGCCCGCAACAUCCUGAUCAACAGCAACCUGGUGUGUAAGGUCUCCGACUUCGGCUUGUCGCGCUUCCUGCAGGAGAACUCCUCUGACCCCACGUACACCAGCUCUCUGGGAGGGAAGAUUCCCAUCCGCUGGACAGCUCCGGAGGCCAUAGCCUUCAGAAAGUUUACCUCAGCCUCAGAUGUGUGGAGUUAUGGCAUUGUGAUGUGGGAGGUCAUGUCUUUUGGAGAGAGACCCUACUGGGACAUGAGCAAUCAGGAUGUCAUCAAUGCCAUAGAGCAGGACUACCGGCUGCCCCCGCCGCCCGACUGCCCCACCCACCUGCACCAGCUGAUGCUGGACUGCUGGCAGAAGGACCGCUCUGCGCGCCCUCGCUUCGCAGACCUCGUUAGCGCUCUGGACAAGCUCAUCCGCAACCCCGCGUCGCUGAAAAUAGUUGCUCAGGAAGCCGGAGGGCCGUCCUACCCCCUGCUGGACCAGCGUGCACCUUUAUCCCUCUCGCCGUGCUCUUCCAUUGGGGAAUGGCUGAGAGCCAUCAAGAUGGAGCGCUAUGAGGACAGCUUCCUGCAGGCAGGCCUUAACUCCAUAGAUCAGCUGGGCCAGAUCACCACACAGGAUCUGCUGCACAUGGGCGUGACUUUAGCUGGACAUCAGAGGAAAAUCCUUUCAAGCAUCCAGACAAUGACUUUUCAAAACAAGGGCACUGCAACAGUAACAUUCUAGCUGCCCCUCUUCCCACCCUGGAUGUGAACACGGCACACAGGUGUGCAGCCAUGUCCUCCAGCAGUCUGGAUCUUUUCCUGUGACCCACUUUGAACACGGACUCCAAGGAAGAAGGGAGAAUGUAUUCAUUACCAGGGAAAACAAAAAAAAAAUAUUAAAGCCAAUACGAAUGACUGAUGGGACUUGAACAAGACGCUAGAACGCGUCACCUGGAGUGACCAGGUGAUAAAGUCAUGCAGACUUAUUCUGUUUCAGUUUGCGUGGGUAUUUUUACUUCCUCUAAGAAUAGAACCCAGGACAUCUGCCAAACCGCGGAGAGCUACGGACCAGAGUUUACAGUUUCUAAACGUUCUCAUGAAAACAGUAUUUUUCUGAUGUGUCUGUCUGACCUUUUACCAAAGGAAAGAGAAACGAAUGCUAAUGUUUUCAUUCUGAUAUGUUUUAUGUAAUUAAGAAAGGAGACUUUGUUUUUGUUCUGGGUGUCUGUCAUUAAUCCUGGGUCGACUUUUGUGUCCAAACUAAUCAGACGACUCGAGUUCCAUUUGCAUUCAAAAGUACCUCCUCUUUACUCAGGUGUGGUGUGUGAGGCAGACUUUGAAGAAGGCUGACAAUGCCCUGAUCAGGCUCUUCAUCUUCCUCAGUCUGGCUCUGUCGCUGCCGGCUCACAAAUGUCUGAACAAAUAAGGCACAAAGACAUUUUCAGCACUUUUGUCAUUUCAGAGUCAGUUGUGAUCUUCAGUGAUUCCAUACAUUUCUCCUGGGCUGUGUUUCUGCUGGCAGCUCAGUCACCUUCUAAUCCGCUCAGAACAAGGACCAAGUGGACUCAGAGACCAGAGAACACUGUAGUGAUGGUUUCAUCUCCAAGGACAGUAUCUGGCCUCAAACUUGUUUUUAUUGAUAUAAGUGACGAUGUACAUUUUUACUACUCAACUUCUGUAUUCUCCAUCUUCCAGUGCCAUUUAUUUGUCAAUGUGUUCUUAAAUGCCAAUUUUAUAAAGCCGGGGUGUCUGUGUGAUGCGGCCUGUCUCAUGCUAAUGUGUCCGAGAUAAUCUUUGCUGUUUAUUAAAGAGUAAGCAGGACAUUUCUGCUUUUGCUCCAAACUCACAA